UAUACAUUUGUUACAAGGACGUUGUUUCUGCUCAUGACUAAGAAAUGACACUUGAGACUCUGUGUAAUGUGUGUCAAACUAUGGCGAACGAAGAAAACAAGGAAAGUGAUUUAAAUGAUGUGGUCUUGCAGGAGAAUGUGUGCAAAACUAAUGCAAAGAAACGUCCAAAACGAGUGUUGCAUUUUUCUGAUGGAGAUUUAGAAGAAUAUUCUUCAGAAGAUGAAGUAGAUAAGAUAGAAGAAAAUAAAAUUGUAGCAGAAAUCGAUCCGCAUACUCUUAAUUGGUUACCUUGGACUUGGUAUCAAACAACCUGGGUCGGUACAAAAGUAUUGGACGGUUGUGAUUAUCUUGGUGAAUGGCUAGCUAAUUUUUUUGGUAUUACAACACCUAAGUAUCAAUUUGAAAUUGAUGAGUUUCAUAGAUUACAAGCUCUACAAAAUGAGAUGAUUCAUAAGAACGAUUUAGAAAUGGGUGGAUGGAAUAAUCAGAAUAGAAAUAAUUUAAUUAAUAUUACAAAUCAAGCAAAGAAUUAAAUGUGUCUAUGUUUCUUAUGUAAGAUAUACAAUAUAUAUCUUACAUAAAAAUAAUUUAAUAUAUUUAAUGUAUAUAUAUAUAUAUAUUUAUUCAUAAUUUUAUAAAUAAAUAAUAAUAACUGUAUAUGAAUAUUAUUUUAGAGAUUUGGGUUAUAUAUUUAUUUUUUUAAAUGCAACAACUUUAUGUUUCAAAACGAAGUCUUAUAAAUAUGUUAUUUAUUUUGAUAAAUAAUUUUAUCACUUACCUGUUAUAGAAAGAGAUAUAGUUUAAUCUUUUAUUGUCAUACUUGUGCACAGUACGCAUAUAAUGAAUAAGUAUGAUAGUUAUAAAAAAAAACGUUAAUUAUUAUUUAAUUAAUCUUGCUUUAGAUAUAUUAAUUUAUUUUUUUUUCUCAAUGUUAAUAUUUAUUAGUAAUUCCAUUGUAAUUAUUUCAGAGCAAAAAAUACUCAAAUUAUAUUAGUAAAUAUGUUUAUAUUUAAUUAAAUAUAUGUUUAUAACUUUGUUUCUUUGUAAUAUGGUCAAUGUAUACAUUAUAUUUUGAUAACUUAUAUUAAUGCUUGAAAAUGUUAAUAUGAACUUAAUGACGACGAAUUUUGCUGUAUUAAAGUUCACUGUAGUAAGCAAAAUUUUUCUUGUAGACAUUUGUAUUGUAACUAUAUUUUCAUAUUUGACUUAAUCUUAUCUUGUAAAUAUUUACUACAGUCUUCUAUAAGAGGAACUUCGUAACACAUACAUUUUGUAAGUAAACAGCAAAUCUUUUUUUUUUUCUUUUCCAAUUUUUAAUAAAUUAUGUUUCCGGUACAAACCUAUGUAAAGUACUAGUUAAUACCAAUAAUGAACUUUGAAGGCCUUGAGGUAAAUGCCUUUGUAACCAAGAACCUUUAUAUUGUUCUAUAUGAGCUAACAUUUUAUUAGCUAUAUCAGUUCUAAAAGUGGGUGGUAAAUUGCAUACUCCUAAAUUGAUAA